AUGGCUACGAAGACGAAUCCGGGGGAAGGGGUUGAUGACGCAGCCCCCGAGCACGACGGCUUCGAGAGGCAGCUCCCUGACAACUGCGUCGAGUAUUUGCUCUUCGUUUUGGACUCUCAACUGGACGCUAGGAAACAAUUAUCCCAAAUCGAAUCCAUCCGGAAAUCUGCGUUACAGCUUGCCAGUUCAUUGACGAAGGACUACAUUUGGCAGAAGGAUGAGUUCAACCUCGAGCUAAAGACCGAGCAAGGACUUGUCUACCUGCACGGGAUUACUGACUACAGUGACGCCGUGGAGGAUGAGUGGCUCAUCGUAUAUAUACUCAGAGAGUUAACAAAGUCGCAUCCUAAUCUCUGGGUCCGGGCCUUCGACACUGACGGCGAGUUUCUCCUCAUCGAGGCCGCAAAUGUGCUACCCAAGUGGCUAAACCCAGAGAUUGAUCACAAUCGAGCCUGGAUCCACGAUGGAAAGCUAUUUAUUAUUCCCGUCAAGGAUGAUAUUGGCCUUAAAUCAAGGACUCUAUCACUCCCUGACGCUGUCGAAAUCCUCAAGUCAAAACCGGAUGCUCUCGUCCAUUCAACCUUUAUCGAAGCAGAGGCAUUCUACAGGUUGGAGAAAUACCCAGCACAGAUUUCAGACUCCAUCCACCACUCUCUUGUCACAAUACCACGCAAGGUCGCCUACGUUCUGCACUCACUCCCCAAAACUAUCGCACCAGCAGUGGAAUCCUUCUACCUCCGAGAUGCCAUCGCGCUGAAGCGUGUCAUAUCUCCACCUGCCCCCCUGACCUUCCCUCCAGAAGACCUCGUCACCGUCUCUGUGAAAUUCAGCAAAGUUCUUUUUGCGCAACUGCGGUCGCAGCGCUUUGAAACACCACCGGCCUGGAAAGAUGUGCUCCAAAGGGCGCAGAAAGAGGCAUCGUCCACUGAUGCUGAGAACAAUAUGGCAAGAUUGGACCUCGGCAUGGAACUGACGUGUGGAUUUGAAAUGUUGGCAGCAAAUGCCGAGAAAAGCAAGAGCAGGGUGGUAAGGGAACUGGCAAUCACGCUCGAGGACCUGGCAGAGGAUGGAGACGACACUCUGCCAUCAAAUGAGGAGAUAAUGUCUUGGGCAGACACGAACCGAAACGAUAGCGAGGCCUGGAUGGAUAUUAACUUCGAGGAAUUUGAGAAGGAACUCGAAGGGAAGCGAAACAAAGAGUCCCAAGGCGCAUCAUCGGGAUUUGGUGAUGUGAACACCCAGUCGGAUCUCCGUAAGAUUGUCUCUCGGUUCGAAGCCUUCCUCAACGACGAUGAUGCUGGGGUGGAUGGCGCAGAGCUUGACGACAUGGAUGUUGAUGAUGAUGACGACUCAGACGAGGACAGCGAGUUUGAAGACAAGGACGUCAGCUUCGACGAGGACGAAUUCGCGCGCAUGAUGCGAGAAAUGAUGGGCUUGCCAUCCACCGAAACAAAGGGUCCCGCCGAAUCCAAGGGUAAGAAGGCAGCUGAGCCGCAAAAUACCGGGUCCGCGCCUACCGACGAAGAGGAUGAAGAAAUUAAGAAGCUCGCGUCCGAAUUCGAGGCCGAACUGAACCAACAUGGUGCCCUCAAGCUUGACCCCAAGGUCGAGAAGAAACCCCGAGUCAAGGACAGCAGCGCGAGCACGAAGCUGGCGGGAAAACCUAGCAAAGACGCCACACAACUGGACGUUGUAGAGGAAGAAGACAGCGACGAAGAGGUAGACAUUGACUACAACCUGGCCAAGAACCUGCUGGAGAGCUUCAAGAGCCAGGCCGGCAUGGCGGGGCCAACGGGAAAUCUCCUUGGCAUGAUGGGUUUCCAACUGCCGAGGGAUGAGGAUGAUGGAGAGGAGGAGGACGACAACGGUGGACCUUCGCGGCAAGGGAAAACCAAACAGUAA